AAAGCAAUGCAACUGAGCUAUUGUUGUCUUAUGGGGCAAGACUCUAUAAUGAAGAUGUGGUCAGUGAUACUAUGAGUCCUGUUGACUUCUCUGAUCAUGUUCCUGUAUGUAAUGACCUGUUGAAAGAGGCUCAAAGUCGAGUGUGGCCUUUGCAACAUUUCUGUCGUUUGGCCAUCAGGAAGUAUAUGGGGGUUGGGAGGAGGAGAAGAAUAAAGGAGCUCCCUCUACCACGACACGUCAUAUCUUACCUCAUCUCCCUCCCCAUCUCCUGCAGCGACAGACUUCAUGCAAACUGGGAGAGAACGAGAUCAACAAAAUGUAAACUAGUAAAGGAGAGACUAGAGAGUCAUCGUCCUAAGAGAGGAGGGGCCACUAAUGUGGGCGUGUUGCAAGUUCUUAAAGGUUCGUCGGACUUAUAGCUUAAUUUGGGAUUUAAUGACAACAUGUAAUCUCUUAUUGAUGUUACAAUUAUAACUGAAUAAUAAAUUAACAAUAAUUGAUGACUCUGUUCAUAUAUUAUUAACACUGAUUUCAUUGUUAUUAUCAUUAUUGUAAUUGUAGUUAAAGUUGGCCAAGUAUUAAAGCACAC